AUGGACGCUUCCGUCAAUCGUUCCGAAGUCGCACUCGACACCACAGCAGCGCAUCAUGUUCCAGCCACGGCAAUAGUUUUGAGCACAUUCGGAACCUCUACACUGAAGAAGCUAACAUCCAGAUCAACUGAAGAGAUUGCGUUGUUGUCAGAGAUGUGGCAGGAUGUGCAAAUCAUGAAAGCGCAAGAGACGAGCGAGGAGAAGGGUUUCACGUACCGGGAUGCAGGAUUCCUACUGGCUUUGCCUGGUGGUAUGGCAGAAGAGUUCGUCACGUCCAUUUGUGUGGAGAACAGCUAUCAGCAGGGCGCUGUGAAGACGAAUGAGAUGCAGGAAAAACAACUGAAGCUUCAGUACGACAGAAUGAAGCUAAGGAAAAUGCCCAGAAACGGGGCUCUCCAUGCUGAGCAUAUCUACAAGCAGAUAAAGGGUUGGGGCGAGGUGGAAAACAAGCGCGUGCUUCUGAGGGAUCUUGCCUCGUUGAUGCAGCUGGGCGACGGUCCUACAGCAGAGAUAUUUCGACGACUGAAGAAGGCGGAAUCCGAAGAGAAGACAAAAGGCGAGAAAGAUACCCGAGGGACUGCACAUGACGCGGAGCCUCCCGGCUUGGGCAAACUCUCGAUACAUCAUGCUCUCAACAUCCAGAGCUCGGCUGGCAUGUGGAUUCCAUCCUCGAAUGAUGCCACUCACGACAAGCGAAAGCCUGAAGCAGACAACACCGACGACAAAGCCAAAGCUCAAGAAGAUCUCAAGACCAAAAAACCAAGAGGUAGGUAUCAGCCUUGGGUAGGCGAAUGGAAGUGCUCCGUCUGCGGUUACUGGAACAGCCCCUCCUGCGACACCUGCCUGGGCACCAAGCCAGCGAAAUGCGAAGGGAGAAAGGAUUUGCAUACUGCCGAGAUCCAGCUCGACGAUGGAAAUCAUCGAAAGUUCCACAACCCAAAUGAAGAUCCAAAAGUGUUUGCUGGUGACUGGCAGUGCAGAUGUGGGCGUUGGAAGCCGAUUUAUUGCAAGGAAUGCGGCUGCGGUUGGUGUAGGAACGCGUCCAAUCGAGUGAUGCAGCCUGGCCCGAACAAGGUCUUCCGGCGUGAAAGUUACGUCAACAAACGCAACCCUGCAUUUGCAUGGUGA